CGUCAUGGAAAACAGAAUCGAGAGGGGGAGGAGCCAAUGAGAGUUCAGACUCCACCCACACACUGCCUGGUUGCCGAUUGGCUGAAGAGAUGAAGGAUGGAACUGAUGGAGUGCAGCUGCUAGAUGUUUACGACCUCCUGCCCUUCGACAACAUUGACGGCGGCGCCUGGAAACAGGGCUUUGAGAUCCGUUACCAUGGCAAUGAGUGGGAUGAGCAGCCACUGGAGCUCUUCCUGGUUCCACACUCACACAACGACCCGGGCUGGGUGAAGACGUUUGACGGUUAUUAUCAGGAUCAGACCAAACACAUCCUCAACAACAUGCUGGUCAAACUGAGCCAGGACAGCAGGAGGAAGAUGAUCUGGGCCGAAAUCAGCUAUUUCUCUAAAUGGUGGAACGACAUUGAUGAGCAAAAAAGAGCAAUGGUCAAACGCCUGCUGGGGGCGGGGCAACUGGAGCUGGUGACAGGCGGUUGGGUGAUGGCGGACGAAGCAAAUUCUCACUACUUUGCUAUGUUGGAUCAGCUGAUCGAAGGACACCAGUGGAUACAGAAGCAUCUGGGUGUGAAGCCCCGUAGUGGAUGGGCGAUUGAUCCGUUUGGCCACUCCCCCUCUAUGACCUACCUCCUGAAGGGGGCGGGGCUUAGCAACAUAGUCAUCCAGCGAGUUCACUAUGCUGUUAAGAAACACUUCGCCCAGCAACAGACAUUGGAGUUUCUAUGGCGACAGAGCUGGGACCCCUCCCCCCGAAGUGACAUAAUGUGUCACAUGAUGCCGUUCUACAGCUAUGACGUACCCCACACGUGCGGUCCGAACCCGGCUGUGUGUUGUCAGUUUGACUUUCAUCGACUGACAGGGGGGCGGGUCUUCUGUCCAUGGAGGAUACCGCCACAGCCAAUCACAGAGCAGAACAUUGAGGAGAGAGCUCAACUCCUGCUGGAUCAGUACCGCCAGAAGUCUCGUCUCUUCCGUUCUUCAGUUCUCCUCGUUCCUCUUGGAGACGACUUUAGAUUCACAGAAUCAAGUGAGUGGGACGCUCAGUUCAGUAACUACCAGAAACUCUUCGACUACUUUGACCAGCACCCAGAGCUCCACAUCAAGGCUCGUUUUGGGACGCUGUCUGAUUACUUUGAGGCCCUUCAUCGACAUCUGACUGCAGCAGAAACGACUCUGCCAACGCUUCGUGGAGACUUCUUUACGUACGCUGACCGCGACGACCAUUACUGGAGUGGAUACUUCACCUCCAGACCAUUUUACAAGCGGCUCGACAGAAUGCUGGAGGCCACGCUCAGAGCGACAGAAAUCCUCUUCAGCCUGACACUGGCUGAAAUGCGACGUGUCCGUGGUGAUGGUCACCUGGUUGCAGAUUUUCCUGCACGUAAACACUUCCAGCUUCUGAAGGCAGGAAGGCGGAACCUGGCGCUUUUCCAGCACCAUGACGCCAUCGCCGGCACCGCCCGCGACCCUGUGGUGGUUGACUACGGCACUAGGUUGUUUCACUCCAUGUUGAACCUGCGCCAGGUGCUGCAGAGCUCUGCCCACUGGCUGCUCCUAUUGGACAAGAGACAUUACCACCAUGACCAGUCAAAUCCUUUCCUGGAAAUGGAUGAUACAAUCUCAGCUCAGGACUCUCUGCCUCAGAAGACGCUGCUUAUGCUCGGUGACGAGCCCAGGUCAUUGAUCAUCUUUAACCCAACUGAGCAGCAACGUUCGUCUGUCAUCAGCGUUGUCAUCGACCAUCCGGACGCUACUGUUGUUGAUGCAGAAAUGGGUCAACCAGUGGCUGCACAGGAUCCGAGCCGGGCAUCCACAGAUGCUUUCCAGCUCUCCUUUGUAGCUGAACUUCCUCCUCUGUCGCUUGUCAUUUAUUAUGUGACCAAAGCAUCUGUUGGCUCCGCCCACCGGGCGCAGUACACUGUCCAUCGUCAAGGCAACCCACCGACUGUCCAUGCCGAACACUUGCAAGUGACCCAUCUCCAAGGUCCUGAGUCCAACGCCCCUCUGUCUCUUAGCAACAAGCACAUCCAGAUGUGGAGUUCUCCAGAGACCGGACUGCUGCAGAAGCUUCGUCUGCAGUCCGGCCUUGUCCGUCAGGUCCAGGUACAGUUCCUGUGGUACAGAACCAGAGCUGGUAUGAACCAGGACAAGAGUGGUGCCUACCUGUUCCUGCCAGGGGAGGAGGGGGCCCAGCUCUACUCGUACUCUGAGCCCCCCCUGAUUCGGGUCUCCAGAGGUCCAAUCUUCUCUGAUAUCACUUCCUGUUUCAGACACUUCACACACACAGUCCGACUGUACCACCUGGACGGGCAUGCAGGGAAAUCCCUGGAGAUUUCCAAUAUGGUGGACAUCAGGUCAGAGAUCAAUCACGAGCUUGUCAUGCGGCUUGUUAGUGAUGUUGCCAACGGCAACCGUUUCUACUCCGACCUCAACGGUUUCCAGAUGCAGCAGAGGCGGACCCUGCCAAAGCUCCCCUUGCAGGCAAACUUUUACCCGAUGAGCUCGGCGUCAUUCCUUCAGGACUCGAUGUCUCGUCUGUCGUUGCUGUCGGCGCAGAGUCAGGCCGUCGCUGCACUCAGACCAGGUGAGCUGGAGGUGGUGUUGGACCGGCGGCUGCAGCAGGAUGAUAACCGUGGCCUUGGUCAGGGCAUCACCGACAACAAGCUGACAGCGAGUCUCUACCACCUGCUGCUGGAGGACAGGAGGGGUGGGGCUCAGGGAAUGGGAGGAGCCUCAGUUGAACACCUAUCGCUGCUCGCUCACAUGACCUCGCUCUUCCUCUCCCACCUGCCGAUCACAAUGGUUGCGCCAGCCAGCAGCCAGGUGCCAAAGCUCCGUCCCUUCCUCCCACUCAGCUCGUCGCUGCCGUGUGACGUUCACUUGCUGAACCUGAGGACGCUGGAGGACUCACAGGAAGCAGAAAGUCCAUCACAGGAGGUGGCUCUCCUCCUCCACAGGAAGGGGUUUGACUGUAGCUCCGCCCCUGAACCGGCCCCACCAUGCACGUGGAGCACACAGGAGGAGGUGAAUCUGGACGAUCUUUUCUCUCCUCUUCAGUUUCGUUCGGUCCGUCAUUCAGGUCUUACUCUGUUGCGUGAGGAUGAUGAGCCAGAGUCUGCCCAGCAGCAGCAGCUGCCACACAUCGCACAUCUGCGGCCAAUGGAAAUCAGUGCGUUUCGCGUGGAGAUCGACUGAAAAAAGAAGAAAUAUUAAAAUCAAAAAAAAAAGUUUUGUCAUAUUUGUCAAAUAUUGUAGCAGCCACAAAAAAUGUUGCACUUUUAGGGCACUACGUGUAAAAAGUUGGCAAAAACUUGAAAAGUAAAUUAAAGGUUAUUAGAAAUAUUCAAUUAAAGUAAAGCAGUUGAAAAAAUACAGUAAAAGAAACAAAACACCAAAAUAAGCUGGAGGUCUCUGCUAAGGAACAAGGCUGUAUGUACAAAUAAAGACAUGGAGAGUGACGUUAACGCUGGAAAAACAAAACAGGAAAAGGAAAAAGACCAAAUACACCGAGAAUGAACACUGGGUGAAUAAAGCAGGAACAUCUUUUAUUUGAGUUUCACUUCUAAAAGUUGAUUUUGUGGUUAAAUUAAAUUAAUUUAUCAGCUAGCAGAAAAUUGACCUGCCAUAAUUUAUUAUCGCUUAAAUCGUUUGCCUUUUUAAAAAGAAAAUACUUCAAACUUCUGGUUUCAACUUCUCAGAAGUAACUUUUUUUGUCUUCCCGUCACAGCAUCUGAAAUCUGGUUAAAAUAAAAAUUAAAGAAAUUCUGCAAAUAUUUUUUCACAUUUUUGACAUUUUAAAGAACAAACCACUGGUGAUGAAAUGAAGACAAGUUAACGGGUGAAACAAUGAUGUGCAGUGAAUGUUUUAGACUGAGUAAAUCACUGUGUGUGUGUGUGUGUGUGUGUGUGUGUGCACGCACUUGUGUGUUUCCAUGGUGACUGGACUGUUUGAAAUCUGUUACUGCUGUUUUUAGGUCACUUCUUUUUAAAGAUGUAGCUUUUUCGGUUUUAUACAUGUGGAAUUGUGGGUAACCUGUGCCUUAUUUUUCUGAUCUGUUAACAGAUUAUGCUGGAUUUAAAAAAAAAUUAUUUAAAUGUUUUUCCAGUGCAUUUGUGUUAUUUUAUGUUAAAAUGUGGUUAGGAAUGUCCAAAAAUUAUAUCUUGUUUAAAUGUUAGUUUAUGUAAUUUUGCUGUGAAAUGAAAAGCUUUGGGAAAUAACGGGAAAUCUACUGUUUUCUUUUAAAUGAAGAAUUUU